GUUUACUCUUUUUCUUCUUCCUAAUUUUGUAUUGUGAGUACUUUACACACAGCCUAGUAUCUACAUUUGUUCCUUUACAUAUACAUCGCCCAUUGUCGUUUGAAUUGGCCCGGCACGGAUGUUUAAACGUUUAUGGACCGUGACGCUCACAGCUUUCUGCGGAAAGUGACCCUUGGCUGCAUGCGACCUCGUAUUUAUGCCUAGAAGUACCGGUACUACUUGACUGCUCUCUGCAAUCUAACGAACAUGUCCUCCCGUAAUCCCUUUCUUUCAAGUCCAAAUACAAACGGUAAUCGAGAUGCAUCCGGCAGCACUGUUUCGCCUUCCAACGCCUCCAUCUCUGCUGAUAGAUCAAACGAUACCACUUCACGCGAAACAGCCUCGCUUCACCACGAGGAGUCUUCAGGGAGUUCAAGCAGCCUUAAUAUCCCUGAUGCGUUGUCGGAAGAACUUCCACCCGCAUACACACCCACUCCUGACGUGUACCAGGGCGAGACAUCGAUUGAAUUUGGUCCUGCAAGGCCAUUCCAGCAACCACUGCGACCAGUGGUUCCGGUCGCACCAUCACGAGUGUCACCUCAGCAAACAGGCAGACAGUGGCCUCCGCCUAGUUGGGCAGGAUAUCCAGGAAAUGUAUCGAGGCAGCCUACAGGUCGCCCACCUCCUCCGAGACAUCCUCUGGUAUCUGCAGCAUCUAGAGUAGCAUCUCCUUACUUUAUCCCCCACCAACCGGUCUCGUCACCACCAUCACGGCCAAUCUCAGAGUUUGCUCAAGAGUUCUAUGCUGCCGGCGGAACCGCAAAUCCGGAAACGUUGUUUGGAGGAUCGAGUUCGCAAUAUACUUCUCAACCGAAUUCUCCUUCAGAUUCGUCAUCACCUCGGCAAUACCUUCACCCUCCUGAAACUCCUCCAAGGCAUUCACAGCCAAAUGAAAGCAAUUCGAAUGAAAUUCCAGAUGAUGGAAAGCCAACGAAGACACCAGUACCUGGUCAUCCACUGCUGAAAGAUGGAAGAGUGCUUGUCUAUCCUGCUGGCUUCGAAUGUCAAAAGUGUCAUAAUACAGGAUAUAAGAAUUAUGAUCCUUCGCAACCGCACAAGAAAUGCUGGAAUAAAUACAGUAGACCGUACGCCGGUGCCAUCACGUAUACCCCUUGGAAUUCAGCUUCCAAUGCCUCUCAUGCGUCUACCCAGUACCAACGCCCGCUUCCUUCGUUCAGGCCCCCGCAGUCAUCGUUACGUUCAUCAGGAGGACUCCAUCAAUAUUCUUCUUCUCUCGGCUCGCUCAACGUUCCGUUAAACUCAGGUCUCUCACGAUCGUCAUCCACAUCGCGGAUACACAGUGGAUACCCAGGGGCGUCAGCGCCUUCACAAUCUCGGGUCAUACCUACACCUGGUGGGGGUGUCCCUAUGUCACCAUAUCUUGAUGGGCUCCAACGGCCCACUGCUUAUGGCAGUAAUCCAUCAAAUACUCGUUCGCCUCCAGUAACCGUUCAGUUGCCAGGGAUGGGUCGACCACCGCCCGGCGCUGUGGUCGUACGCCCCGGUGACCCACGGCUGGGUGGACAUUUAUGUUGGAGGUGCGGCGGCAGCGGGACAGUUUCCUUUUUGCUUUUCGAUGAAACUACCUGUGGCGUAUGUGGUGGUGUCGGACGGACUUUCUAGACUUUACGCUUGAUUUGGGCUCUCAGCUUUACGGCUUUACACUCUAAACCCAGGGUCUGCUAUUACAUUCUAUUCAUUUCUCAUACAUACGCAUUAUAUUCCAUGAUGUAGCAUCAGCCAUGAUCUUUACUGUAUCGGGUAGAUUGCAUUCUUUUCGCCACGGCGGCAAACCCCGAUGUAUAGUAGCCUCAUGGCUGAGUCUGCGUGGGCGUCAUUGAUCGUCUCCCAUCCAAAAGCCUGAAGGCUCUUCUGUGAGAAAUAUUGCCGCAUGUUCGCCACCGCCAUGACUCGUCAAAUAUAGCCUAUCUCAGCAA